UUGUGCACUUGGCAUUCUGGGAAAAUAAACACUGCUUUCAAUAACAGCAUCGACAGCAUUUGCUUCAGUUGGCGAAGUGAGAAUUAGAGCUCCGUUAGGUAGCUGGUUUAAAAACCAAGCAUACAAACUUCAGUGCAGAGUCAUUCUUCUUGAACCGAUGAAAUCGCAGUAGUUAGUUAGCUAGCUAGCUAGCUCGUGCAAUGACAGAAACGCUAAAUUGGAUAGCACGACUUGCAGCAGGCGGGUGAAGAGUGGAGAGCACAGCAAUGAUUUAGCUGGGUAGCUAGCUAAUGCAACACGGCCAGGAACCGUAAAAGUUACAGCAUUGCUUUGAUUCGUUGUCAGCUAUUGUAGAUUAAUCACUGGCAAUAUAUAGAUCCUUAAACAUAACUAGCGUUAGCUGUCAAUUCGUGUUGACCAACUAGUAAACGGCUUCCGAUGAUACCAGUGCUUUCUAUUGCGAUGUUAACUGAGAAUAUGGCAUUUUUUUCAACGUCGGAUAACAAGCCAGCAAAUCAAUACCACAAAUCCUUGAACUGGCAUGAUUCUAGACUGGUGUACCCAAGAUAAAUUCAACCAUUUCAUAUUCAGGAUGAAUCCCUGUGAUUGAAACAGGGAGCGGGUCAAUAUAUUGAGAAUUGAUUUUGUUGACUAAGCUAUCUGGAUAAUCGUCUCGUUGUGCGGCGAUUAGCUAGCUAGUGUUUUUCUUGGAUUGCUAGUUGGCUAAGAAUGAAACAUUUUGCAAUCUCAUAAUCUUAUAGAUUUUUAUUUAGACAAGGCAACUUGAAUUAUUUUGAAAUCUCUGUUAUCAUUUUUGUCAUGAUUCCAGCCAGUGCGGCGUCAGAUGGAAGCUAGCUUGAAUCGUGGCUGGCUAGCCGGUAGUUAUACAAAUGCAACGAAUGAAGGAAAAUAAAUAACUGCAUACUGAACAUUCAGAUAAAGGACCGUUUGAUACGUAACUUGAUUUAAAAAAUUGUUUAAAAAAAAAAAACUUGCCCGACGUCAGGACCUCCUGAAAGGGCAAUUAUGUGGAACUCGGGAUCUACAACGCUGCAAUUCUUUGUCAAAGUCCUGAAACAUACGGCUGGAAGAGGGCACAUUCAGCUGAGUCGCUGGCUACAGAGAUCAUCCCAGGAAUCCAUGGACUGUGAUAAAAUUGAUAUACUAAUUUGCAACGCGUUUGAUGAGCGAGGCGCAGGUGGAAAGUUGGAUGUGGACCUGGAGAGUGACAUCAACAACGAAACGGGGAUCUCUUUCCUCGGGGACGUAAGACAUCCGUGCUGUAUCACCACCUGUUGUUUCAAAAGUGCUGUACUGGUGUGCAUUUUGACGGCGGUCUGCUUCUCGUCGGUGGCCCUUGUCCGCCAGUACCUCAAGGACCUUCUUAUUUGGGUAGAGAGUUUGGACAGCCUGGUCGGAGCUCUGCUCUUUAUCGUUGGGCUGAUUUUAGUAUCCUUUCCUUGCGGGUGGGGAUAUAUAGUACUCAACGUGGCUGCUGGAUACCUGUAUGGGUUCGUAUUGGGCAUGGGACUGGUGAUGGUUGGGGUACUGAUUGGGACCUUCAUCGCUCAUGAGGUCUGCAAGCGGGUAUUGACUGACUGGGUUUUAACCAAGAUUGGAAACAGCGAACAGCUGAGUGCUGUCAUAAGGGUUGUGGAGGGAGGAAGUGGACUUAAAAUUGUGGCCUUAGCAAGACUCACACCAAUACCCUUUGGACUCCAAAACGCAGUGUUUUCGGUUGAGCAAGGGGGCAUGGAGUCAGUUUGGAACAAGAUUUGACUGUAUCAGGUUACAAGUCUGGUAUAAGCGCUUCCUGUAUUGCCCAUGACCUGGGCAGGGUUUUUCCUUUCACAUAAUGUCUGCUGACAUAGGCUCCAGCCCCCCCCCCCCCCCACACCUCCCCGAUCCUGACCUGGAGCAAGCAGUUUAUGAAAAUAGAUGGAUGAAUUCACAUAUUGCCCGUCCCAAGUGGAAAUUGCCACACAUCUUUUCUAGCCAUUACGUAGCUUUAAAAAUGGUUUUACUUCAAACCCCCCUGCACAACUGUAGAUGAAGUAGAUGGGACAAUGCAGUAUGUGUAAUAAUUGAGCACUAAUCAGUAAAACAUUGGCCUUGCAGGAUUCAUUUUGGAUUAGCUGUGGCCAUGUGACCAGUCAUGUAAUCACCACACCUGUAACUGCGUACCUUCUUUGAUUUAUGUUUAUGAUAAAUAUUUACAUUUCCACGCAAUGCAUAGGAAACACAUUUGACGUGCUGCCAUGGCUGUAAAUUAAGUGAAUGUCAUGCUCAAACGCAGCCUAAUCAUAGUCAUCUGAACGGUUUAUUAUUUUUAAUUUACACCAGCCAAACUCACAAGCACAACUAUUGAGACUCUGUAUGUAUCUAGACUCCUCUAGACUCAUGCUCGCUGCUGAGUAAUCAAGUCAGCCAGUUGAAAUAUUUUAAUAUACAAAUAAAAUCUGACACUUUUUUCCAUCGUGUGCUGAGCUGCAUGUUCCAUGAAUGUGAAAAUGUGGUUUUGCUGUUUGCAUUUAUGCUGUAAUGUAGGGAGGUAUCAGCAUUGGUGUCGACCAAUAUGCCCAGGCAAAUAUUGGUUACUGGUAAUAGCCCCAGAAUCACCAUAUCCUGCAUACCUACCUUAAAGGCGUACAGAACAUUUUUUUAACUGGAGCAUGUUCAGUAAACUGCAGUUGGUAUGAGCACCUUAGUUGGUUAAAAUAUUGCAUAUUUUGAAUAUCAUAAAUAUUGACUAUUUCUUUUCACAAUAAACUGGAGUAUUAAAUCCAGACAGAUCUCAUCAACAAGAAACUGUAGAUUUUGUCUUGGAUAAAAUGUGCCCAAUAGUGUAACCAUAUAAAACCUGGCUGAUAAUGGGAUUGGCAGUUCGCCGAUAUAGUGGGAGAGUUAUCUCUCCAAGGUGUGUGCUGCUUACCUCAGAAAAUAACGUUCUACCUUUGAGAUUUGAACCUCAUGUCAUCUCUCUUAUCCCUUAUCGUAAAUGUAAUAGUGGGCACCUGUCCAUUAUCUCACGCUAUGUGGAAGGGGCGUGCCUGUUUUUCUGUGGUGUCACUCUCAAUGCCCUUUCCGUCUUCAUUCAGGUAACUCUUAUCUCCCGUUGCUCUGUUGCAGCAAGUUGAAAACGUGGGCAAGAGUUAAGUUCCCCAAACCGGGUAAUAGAAGUUAUGUAAUGCAGUGGCGCCGUCUACUCUGAGAGACACUGUUGGGCUGAAGAGUGUACUUUAGUAAUUGGGCACCAUUUGGUACAUGCCUACAGGCCUCGUUCUCCCAGGACUAGGAGGAUCAGCUGUCCGCUUUGUGUUCGUGCUGCACUUUCUAGGAAGGGUGACGAGAGAUCCACGUACAGAUCACUACAUUUCCCAUGACCGCACCCUGUAAUUAAGCUGGAAAGGGCAGGUAUCACUUCGACUGGUUGCGUGUUCAAGCUGCUUAUGUACAGUUUUUCGGAGGGACUGCCACCUAGUCAUAACACCUGCGAGUUACAUGUCAUUGUCAUGCCGUCAUAGUCAUGCUGUCUGUCAUUGCGGACAUCUUCAUGACAGGCUAAUAUAUAGUGUCCGUGUUGCUAAUGUAUGGCAGUUAGCCUCUUUUAGUCUAGUAGGUGCAGGUCAGUACUUAGAAUUUUAUAAUUUUGUUUUUCAGUAGACAAAUGUCUGUGAUAGAUUGUCGGCUUGUCCAAUACAUACUGGGAUAGGCUCCAGCACCGCCCACGACUCUGCCCAGGAUAAGCAGCUAUAGAUAAUGGAUGGAUGGAGCAGACAAAUGUAAUAUUUUCAAAAAGCCAGACCUUAAUAUCGCCUAAAUAGCUAGCAAGCUCUCUAGACGUCUUAAUUAAAUAAGUAAUGGUAUAUUUUUCCUCAAAAGAUCAGUUCCUCAAAUGUGGAAUAACGGGGUGUGGAAUACUUGUAAAGAUACUGUAGUCCUGAAAGACUAGUACAAACUAACCCUGCAGGCACCACCCUAUGUCUUCAAAGCAGCAGAUUAGUUUACCAUAUACUGAAAGAAAAUGCCAAAAGAUGCCUUGAGACCUUUCAGGGAAAAGUUGGGUUUCUUCUGCUUGUGUUCAUUUUGUGAUGAAUACUGUGUCUGUGUGCCAUCGCUGGAAGGAAUCUGCAUGAUAUCAGCAAUCUUCUGGGUCACAAGAAUUUUGUGGAAAAUAAGAGAUUUAAAACAUUGCUUUCAUAUCAAAUGUAGAGAGAUACGGAGAGAGGAGAGAGAGAGAAGGAGAGAGUGAGAGAACUGUAAUAUAAGACAACUCCUUUAUCCUUGUUUAUUCCGUGUCCCUACAAAAUUUCAUCAAUUAAAUCUUAAGUGUAGGAAUAAAAUUCAAAAUAAAUAUAUGAAUAAAAUGGCAAUAUGCCCCCUCAAACUCACUUUCAUGUUGUCAAAUCAGCCGUGUUCCUUAUGCAUGCAUGCGAAAGGACCUUUAAGUCCUCCAAAGGGGAAAAUUCCCCUUUUAUGGCAAAGGUAUGCCUUUAACUCUGAACUAUUUGCCUGAUGUUUUCACUAUGAAGCCUUAUGCUCCAGGGGGAACUGAGAUGUCAACAUUGCCCUCAGAAGCGAGGGGGGCGUUUUGUCUGGCUGUCCGGUGGUAAAUUGGCGGCGCUUUGCUUUUGGGGCUCCGUUGGAGCGCGGCGCACUAAGGAACGAGCCGAUCCUAAGCGCGACGCUGGAAUCCCAAUGUCGCUGAUGACAGCGGGGAACGGGAUCAGCUGCACCGUCACUCGUCAUACCAGUUCACAGCGCUGACGCGCUGCUCCCAGAGACCAGAACAUUCUGUCACUAACAGUCACAGCAGCGUUCCAUCGUCGUGGGAUGGCACAGUAAUUUCAACGUUGAGGGAAAACUGGUUGCUCAUUAGAUACUAAAGCAUAUUUUUGUCUGCAUCUGUGAGAAGAGCGGGAAUAUAGGCUGUCUGCUGUCAUUGCUAUGAAUUGUGUAACGCACCAAAACGUUUAAAAAAAAAAAAAAGUCGUUUCCGAUGGCAACAUUAACGUUUUGUGAAGAUGUGUUACGGAUCGAUAAUGACAACUGUUUUUUCAGCCUUCGUGUUUAGCAAAAACAAGCUGAGCAAGAAAAGCUUGCGACGUGCCAUUGAAUAAUUCGCGGUUCCAUGGGCCGCGUUUUUUUCCAGGAAAACCUGACACGGGGCCCAGCCCAUGUGCAGUUGCGGUGCGUAUGACUGUCUCUGGUGUACAGCCACGCACAGAAUCCGCCCGCUAAGGCUGUCAAAAGUGCCAUGAAAUUGAGUUUGAAUAUUAGUUUUUGUAAUUAGUAAGAGUUUGAAUAUAUUCGAAUAUCAUUUGCCUAUAAUUCACAAAAAUAAGCUGCUUAUUGUCGGGCGCAAUAUGCACGUGACGCUCCCUCUAAAGUGGCCUACGCGUUAUUUUCCACGAGCGGGCAGUAGAAUAGAGGACAUCGGUGAAUUUGAAUACGAGGUUACUACAUCUGGGGCCUCAUUUAUAAAACGUAUUCUAGAUCAACUGUGUGGCGCGUGUGUAGAAAAUCACGUCAAAGUGGUGAUUUAUAAAAUUUCAACAUGACUCGAUUUGACCGUGGAAACGGUCGUGGCUCUACAUCUGGGCUUCACUUGACGUACGCACGCAAGUUCAUUUUAUAAAUGAGCCCCCUGCAGUUUCUAUAGCCUAAUGCGCAAAUUAAUAAAGCACUUUCUCGUAGAUGUGAUUUGCCAAAAAUCGGCAUUUAUUAAUCAUAGGGAAAUGACUGUUUAUAGGAAAUCCCUGUUUAUUUCUUAACACAAAAA